ACAUCAUAAAUGUUGAAUUUUUAAUACUAGUGAAGAUUUGUGAAGAUUUGCAUGGCUUGGUAGAUGGAAUUUUUGCAUGGAAUGACAGUUGGACAAUUGUUAAUUUGUUGUGUACACAUGAUUUGGCAAACAUAAUUGAAUAGUUGAUACGGUUUGGAUAUAAGCAUGCUAUUUAAUAUAUUAUCAAUUACAACAUUAUCUCAUGUACACUUAAUCUGUAGUAUUUGAAUUGCUAAACAGUUGAAUUAAAUGUCAAACCAUUGGUUAAUUAUUAUUAGAAAUAAUGUCAUGGCGUACUAAUAGGAACGCAAUUCAUGGUAAUUGUCUAACCGAUGAUUAAGAAGUCAAACAAAGAGCUAAAAAACAUACCAGGUACUAGCAUUAGCACGAAUUAUGACGCCGAAAAACCUCUUUAAAAUAAAGGGAAGAAAAUCCCUCUAAGAUGCACUAGGUAAAGAAUCAAAGAAAAUAAAAUUAUUUGCCUCCUAUGUUUAUAUCUAAUUUUGUUGUUGUUGAUUAGUGAAAGUAGGGUUGCUUAUCGGUCGAGCCAAGAUCGAACAAUGGUUUGCUCGGCUUGUGUUAAUUUAAGUUCAUUCAAGCUUGAGCCAAGCUCAAAGCACAAGCCGAGCUCGAAUUGUUCACGAACAUGCUUGACUCUUUGUCACGCCUAGUUUUUAAUAUAGGUUUUCAUUUAAACAAUGAAACUAUUAACUUAUUAUUGUGUGUUAUUUAGAUUAAUAUAUUUAUGUAUAUAUAUAAAUAUAUUUUUCUAUAUAGAAGUAUAAUUGAGCCUGUUUACAAGCUUUCGAGCCGAGCUUUGUCUAGCUCAGCUCGACUCGUUUAUGUCUCGAGCUGAGCCACCACGAGCUGAGUUUUGACCGAGCCGAUCUCGAAAAAGCCGGACUCAUUUUAUUUAGAAAUGAACGAGCUAAAUGUUAGAGAUAGGUGAAGCUCAAUAUAUUAUAAUUAGUUUAAAACUUUGAACCUCAUAUUUUAAAAAUAUCUUGCAAGUUUAAUGAACUCUCCUAGUAAGGAUUUUCUGUAAAUUGAUGGUUCUGAAUUGGACUCAACAACAUUUAAUGGUCACUUGAGACAUAAGCCUUGAUUUAUAUGUUUUAUAUUUUAACCAUCAAAAUUUUACUCUAAAUUUAAAUUUUCUAGUUUUGAUAACUAGAUUUAACAUGUUCAAAAAUACUUGUAAAAUAUGUUGAGUUAUCAGCUAGUGUAUACUCUUGUAAAUGAACACUUUCUCAUUGCUGUUUGUAAAUUACUAGCUAGCAAAGUAUAUACUUUCUCCAUUUUUUCUAUUGCACCAUUUCAUUUUCGACACUAUUCAUCAACCAAUGUUGUUAAGCUAUAUCGUGUUGUUAUAUAAGAGAAAAUAUAGUCAAGUGGUGUAUUUUAGAUUCAUCUUAAUGUAAAAAUUCCAAGUAUCAAAAUUUUAUUAUUUCUUACUUAUACGCAAUUUGAGAUAUUAACGUUGAAAGAAACGUUUCGGCAAGUGUGAAAAACAUAAUGGUGAAUUAACAAAGAGAGGAAGUAUAUCUUGAGAAAGUAUGCUAAGAUAAUACCUUUAGAAAUAUUAGUAAAUCUUCUCAUAUUUCCUCCAUUGUAAAAUAAAAAAUGAAAUGUAAGGGGAGGCACUAUUUAGAAAUUUAGUAAAUCUUCUCAUAUUUCCUCCAUUGUAAAAUAAAAAAUGAAAUGUAAGGGGAGGCACUAGGAUUAAGGAGAGGAGAUAAAUAGAGAGAAAUAAAAAGAGAGAUUCAUAUGAUGAGGAGAGAGAUAUAGAAAAGUAAAUACUAGAUAAAGUAAAGUUUCAUUUAUUUUGAAACAACCUAAGAUAGUAAGUGUUUCAUUUAUAUUAGAAGUUGGAAAGUAUAAUAUUUCAAACAGUAAAAAAAACGUCAAAUUACAUCUUAUAAUCUAAUUAAUUUCUCGUGAUCACAAAUAUGUGAAAAUGAAUUUUUUUUUGUUUUUGAUUAGAAUAUUAAGUCAGCCAAGGGCUAACCCCUACAAGGCUACUAGCCUGUAGGAAACACCAGCACAUUAGCUGGUAAGGUAUGCAUAGCAUGCUAAGGAAAUGCUGCAGCAUAAUUGCUGGGGGUAAGGAUCGAGCCCCUGACCUCAAGGGCCAAGAGGGAGCGCUCUACCCACUUGAGCUAACUCCUAUCCUUAUAUGUGAAAAUGAAAUUGAUAAAUGAUAGUUAGCCUUGUGUUUUAUUGCAUUUUGUUAGAAUGUGAGGGGGCUAUUUCAUUAAUUGGGAAAAGAUAUUUUGUCCUAAACUACUUUAACUUUCAAGUUUUUGCUGGAAACUAUCUUAGUCUCAAACAACCUUACUUUUACCAUUUUGUUGUUGACAGUUACCUUAUGUCAAUUUCCGACAUUGACUUUAGUUUGUAGAGGUGAGAGAGCAAAUACUCUUGUGGCUCUGAAAACUUAUCAUUUGUGCUCUCUUUUACCCAGGCUAUUGCUGCUGUCCAACCUCCUUUCCUAGGAAUUUUCUUCCAUUCCCUUAUUUCUUUUCGACCUCUUUGGUGAGAAGUGAAAGUUUGCUUGAGCAUAACAUUAUGAUCACAUAUUGCACAUAUGUUGCAUAGAUUUUACAUAUAUGUCCGCAUAAAACAAGGUAUCACUAUAAUUAUUAAGCCACAACCUUUUUUUUUCACAUUAUUGUUUGUGCCAUCAAUAGAACCCUCUCUCCUUUGAUCAUAAAUCCCCCCAUGCAAUUGACAACUCACAAAUCGAUUCAUACACUAAUAUUUGUACAAAAAUCAGGUUUAAAAUAGAUUACCCUAGUUUGCAAAUAUGAGGAACAUGGUUCAAUGAAUUAACAAUUUGGUCUCUCACUAACUACCAGCAUUACACCCUGAAUUAUUCGCUCCACAUUUGCUAUAGUUUAUGUGUGUUUGUGUAUAUAUACCCAACGUAAUAUGCUUCCCAAUACACCUACAAAAACCAUUGUAACUUUCUACUAUUUCUCCAUCAUAUGUCUCAUAUCAUCUUUUCCUUGUUCUCCCUUCUUCUUCUUCGCAACAUAAUUGCUGCGGAGAAUGGUCAAUGGCAGCUCUUACAAAAAAGUAUUGGCAUUUCUGCCAUGCAUAUGCAACUCUUAGAUGAUGAUCGUGUCAUUAUCUAUGAUAGGACCGACUUUGGUCCCUCAAACAUCACUUUUCCUGAUGGCAGAUGCCCCGGGAAUCCCAAAGAUUGCACAGCCCACUCUGUGGAGUACGACUCUUUGACCAACACUUUUCGGCCCCUCACUUUGUUAACCAACAACUGGUGUUCCUCCGGUGCUACGCUUCCCAACGGUACCCUCGUCCAAACUGGUGGUUAUAGGAAUGGAGAUCGAGUGGUCAGAACUUUCCAAUCAUCUUGUAAUGCAUGUGAUUGGGUAGAGCAUCCUAACCAGUUGUUGCAGCGUCGAUGGUAUGCCUCUAACCAUGCCUUGCCUGACGGUCGGGUGAUCGUUAUUGGCGGCACAAAAGCCUUUAACUAUGAGUUCUAUCCUAAAGACACACCAUCUUCCUCUCAGCUUUUCAAGUUGCCAUUUUUGGAACAAACCAACGUUCCCAAAGUAGAAAACAACUUGUACCCCUUUGUGUUCCUCCAUGUAGAUGGGAACUUGUUUAUUUUUGCUAAUAAUAGGGCAAUAUUGUUUGAUUAUGCCAAAGAUGUCGUUGUCCGGACAUACCCGACUAUCCCUGGGGGUGACCCACGGAGCUAUCCAAGCACUGGAUCAGCCGUUCUUUUGCCAUUAAAAAAAUUGGAGUUGGGAUUGGAUAUAGAAGCGGAGGUGUUAAUAUGUGGGGGUGCUCCUGUAGGGUCAUACCUAAAGGCACUAAAUUCGCGUCAGUUUUUGCCAGCUCUAAGAACAUGUGCACGUAUGAAGAUUACUGAUCCUAACCCUAGUUGGGCAAUCGAAACUAUGCCAAUGGCUCGGGUCAUGAGUGAUAUGGUGGUCCUACCAAACGAAGAUGUCUUGUUAAUUAAUGGGGCAAGCAAAGGUAGUGCUGGAUGGGAGUUGGGUCGGGAACCAGUCCUCACUCCUGUGAUCUACCACCCGAAUAGAGCCUCAGGAUCCAGGUUCGAGAACCAAAGCUCGAGUACAAUCCCAAGGAUGUACCAUUCGUGCGCAAUUAUGCUACGAGAUGGGCGGGUAUUGGUGGGUGGGAGUAACCCUCAUCAGUUUUAUAACUUCACCAACGUGCUCUUCCCUACUGAACUUAGCUUGGAAACAUUUUCACCCCCAUAUUUGGACCCAACUAAAGCACGACUUCGACCCGUUAUCAUCAAACCAAUUUCGAGUGCUAAGAUCAAAUAUGGGAGAUUCUUGACUAUUAAGUUCUCGGUUAGUGGGUUGAUUAACUUGGCUUCGGUUAAGGUUACCAUGCUUAGAGCACCCUUUAAUACACAUUCCUUCUCCAUGAGCCAGAGAUUGCUGGUCCUGACCAACAGAAAGCUCGUAUCGCCAACGGGUCAGGGUCGAUUUCAAGUUCGAGUCCGCUUACCCGGGUCUGCUAACAUAGCUCCUCCUGGGUUUUAUAUGUUGUUUGUGGUGCACCGCAAUAUUCCUAGUAAAGGAAUAUGGGUUCAGCUUACGUAAUUAUAGUUGUAAUAUUUGUCAUUAAAUUUUUCUGUCGAUUCUUCAUAUGUUUUUUUAAAUCACUAUUGAAGAACCACGUUCA